CUGCCCGCCCCGCGCUCCGCGCUCUUAUAAAUCGCGCCAACCGCUAGAACCGGGUCCACAGUCGUCGGCGAACCGUACACCAGUUCCCACUUCACCUUUUUCCCCCACCACCACCACCACCACCACCACCGCCUCUCUCUCAUCAGUUGAGGAAGACCCCGAAACACACACACCAAAGUCCCUUCCGACACACAUCAAACAAUAACAACAAAUCCUCCAUCCGCAGAAUUUUUUGAGAAUCCCAAAAAACUUCCCACUAGUCCUGCAACAACAACAACAACUCAGUUGUCUGUCUCAAUUUUAUUUGUCCCACGACGAAAAAUCUCAAGUCCGAAUUUUAAUUCGUUCAUCUCGUCCCUGCGGUUUGUUGAAACAUUUCCGUUUGUGACGAGAACCGCGCCGUUGCCCAGCUCCCUCCCCGCAGUAAAAAACAACAACAACAACAACAACCUGUAAGAAAAAUGGAGCUGUUGACUGUCGAGAGCUCGUCUUUUUCAUCGGCUUCGCUGGUCGGUGGUUUCAGCGUUGGACAAAUUGGCGCCGUCUUCGUGUCGGCCACCACCGUCCUCCUGACCACAUUGGCCGCCCUGACGUUCACGCUCGUCUGGCUCAACGGGCGCAAGAACGGCCGCUCGCAAAUGGCCGACUCGCUUUUCUUCCGCAUCAAGAGCAAAGCCCAGCGAUUGGUCCGCUCUCACCUGGCCAAAUCGUCGGCCGCUAAAGCCUCUGCUGCUGUUCCUGUCGUUACGGCCGCCACAAGUGGCACGACGGUUGUCGCCAAGCCGUGGAGUCCGCCGCCCGGCCCGGUCGGCUGGCCCGUCAUCGGCUCGCUCCACUUGCUGGGCCAGUACGAGGUCCCGUUCGAGGCUUUCUGUCAGCUCAGCAAAAUCUACGGCGACAUUUUCAGCAUCACCUUGGGCUCGACGCCGUGCGUCGUCGUCAACAGUUUCAAGCUCAUCAAGGAGGUGCUCAUCACCAAGGGCCCCCACUUUGGCGGACGGCCCAACUUUAUCCGCUACGACAUUCUCUUCGGCGGCGAUCGUGACAAUUCGUUGGCCCUGUGCGAUUGGUCGUACCUGCAGAGAGAUCGCCGCUCGAUCGCCCGCCACUGGUGCCACCCGCGCGUCGAUUCGAUGCAGUUCGACACUCUCAGCCGCGUCCUGACGUCCGAAAGCGACUUGAUGGUCAACGAAUUGUCGCUCAUGACGGCGGCGGCGGCCGGCAAAGGCAUCGAUUUGAAGACGACGAUGAUGACCAUGUGCGCCAACGUCUUCACCCACUACAUGUGCAGCACUCGCUUCGACUACAACAACAAGGAAUUCGGCAAAGUCGUCCGUCUCUUUGAUCAGAUUUUCUGGGACAUCAACCAGGGCUACGCUGUCGAUUUCCUGCCCUGGCUCAUGCCCGUCUACCGCCGCCACAUGCAGCAGCUCAAGUCGUGGGGCACGGACAUCCGCCAGUUCAUCGUCAAGACCAUCAUCGACGAGCACCGUUCCACCAUGGACGUCAACAACCCCAGAGAUUUCACCGACGUCCUCCUCAGCCAACUGGGAAAUGAAAAGAACAACGGUGAAGAUGCCCAGGCUGCCGAUCACAACGACAACGAAAAGCAACUCGACUGGAAUCACGUCCUCUACGAGCUGGAAGACUUUCUCGGCGGACACUCGGCUAUCGGCAAUUUGCUGAUGAGAGCCGUCGGCGAGCUCUGCUCCAGCCCUCACGUCAUGGCCAACAUCCAGGAGGAGAUCCGCAAAGUUACCUGCGAUAAUUCACGACCUGUCGUCCUGGAAGAUCGGCCCAGCAUGCCCUACACGGAAGCCACCAUUCUGGAAACGUUGAGAUUGUCUUCCUCGCCCAUCGUCCCCCACGUCGCCAUGCAAAACACAUCCGUCGCCGGUUACGACGUUCAAGAAGGCACGAUGGUAUUCCUCAACAACUACGAGCUGAAUAUCAGUCCAGACUACUGGGGCGACCAGGCUCUGACGUUCGAUCCUGCGCGGUUCCUCAUCCAGGGCAAAAUCGUCAAACCGGAAUAUUUCAUUCCGUUCAGCACUGGCAAACGAGCUUGCAUGGGUUACCGGCUGGUCCAGCACGUCAGUUUCGUCACACUCGCCACUUUGCUCCAGAAUUUCGACGUCUCAGCCUCAGAGGAUGUCAUCCACCUACCCAAAGCUUGCGUCGCCGUACCACCCGAUGCCUUCCGCGUCGUCCUAACGCCCCGACCCUCAGCGCCGGCGUCUUAUUGAAAAUCAUCCGCAUUAUUAUUCAUUUAAAAAAAAAAAAAACGUCGACCUCAGGCAACAACAACAUUAACACAACAACAACACCUCGACGACACACACACACACACAUCAGCAAUAACCCAAAAACCAAAAUUGAUUGAGACCCUUCGUUUCCCAUUUUUUCUCGCUCUGACCCCACCCAAAACAUCGUCAAAUCGAUCUCAACGAUGAGAACAUUUUAAUUCAUUAAAAUAGGGGGAAAGAGGAGGUGUUAAAAGAGAUGGAGGAGGGUUUCUCAUU